UUAGUGCAGUUUCAUCUGCCCUCCAAACCCUCGCGUUUUCUCUCUCUCUUUUUUUUUUCCGUCUCCGUCUCCGUCUCGUCGCUCUCUCUGCGUAACGCGCCGCCUCGUGCUCCGGCGGCUACUCAUCGGAUCCUUUCCGAUCAUCUAUCCGGUUGUGCGUUGUGAUCUACUGGCCUUUUUUGAGUGUCUGAAGAAUCGGCGUUCAUUGAUUCCUUCUUAGGGUUUGAUUCUCAAUAACAUCUGGAGGAGAGGGAAGUGAGAGAUAAAAAAGGCAAAAAAUAUAUUUAUUCGACGUUUAUUCUUUUAGGAAAGAAGUGAAAUUAUUUCGAGUAUGGCGGCUCAGGUGCAAGCUCAACCUCAGAAUGCCAUUUCGGGCAUCAAUCCGGCGGCGAAUGGUGGGGCCAAUCAGUUUGUGACUACGUCUUUGUAUGUCGGAGAUCUGGACUUGAAUGUCACGGAUUCGCAGCUUUAUGAUAUAUUUAAUCAGGUGGGUCAAGUGGUAUCGGUUCGGGUUUGCAGAGACUUGACGACCCGGCGAUCUCUCGGUUAUGGUUAUGUCAACUACAGCAACCCACAAGAUGCUGCUAGAGCACUGGAUGUGCUGAACUUUACCCCUCUUAAUGGAAAGCCUAUUAGGGUUAUGUAUUCUCACCGUGACCCAAGCAUUCGGAAAAGUGGAGCUGGAAAUAUAUUUAUCAAGAAUUUAGACAAAGCAAUUGACCACAAAGCUUUACACGAUACAUUUUCUGCAUUUGGUAGUAUCCUGUCUUGCAAAGUGGCUUUAGAUUCCUCUGGUCAGUCAAAAGGCUAUGGUUUUGUGCAAUUUGAUAACGAGGAUUCUGCUCAGAAAGCCAUUGAGAAGUUGAAUGGUAUGCUGUUGAAUGAUAAGCAAGUUUAUGUAGGACCCUUUCUUCGUAAACAAGAAAGAGAUGGUGCUGCUGACAAAUCCAAAUUUAAUAAUGUAUUUGUGAAAAGUCUUUCUGAGACAACUACUGAAGAAGAUUUAAACAAAGUUUUUUCUGAAUUUGGGACAAUCACUAGUAUUGUGGUGAUGAGGGAUGCUGAUGGCAAAUCAAAAUGCUUUGGAUUUGUUAAUUUUGAAAAUGUUGACGAUGCUGCUAGGGCAGUUGAUGCUCUUAAUGGGAAGGUAUUUGAGGAUAAGGAAUGGUAUGUUGGGAAAGCACAGAAAAAAUCUGAAAGAGAAGUUGAAUUGAAACACCGAUUUGAACAAACUAUGAAAGAGGCAGCUGACAAGUACCAGGGGGCAAACUUGUACAUUAAAAAUUUAGAUGACAGCAUUGGUGAUGAUAAGCUUAAGGAGCUGUUUGCUUCAUUUGGCACUAUCACGUCAUGCAAGGUCAUGCGUGACCCUAAUGGAAUAAGCAGAGGUUCUGGAUUUGUUGCAUUCUCAACUCCUGAAGAGGCAUCUAGAGCUCUUUUGGAGAUGAAUGGCAAAAUGGUCGUUAGCAAACCCUUGUAUGUAGCACUUGCACAGAGGAAGGAAGAUAGAAGAGCCAGGUUGCAGGCUCAGUUCUCUCAAAUACGGCCAGUUGCCAUGGCUGCUUCAGUUGCCCCUAGAAUGCCAAUGUAUCCCCCUGGUGGUCCAGGUCUUGGACAACAAUUGUUUUAUGGUCAAGCUCCUCCUACAAUCAUUCCCUCUCAACCUGGCUUUGGUUAUCAGCAGCAGCUUGUUCCUGGUAUGAGGCCCGGUGGAGGUCCAAUGCCAAAUUUCUUUGUUCCAAUGGUUCAGCAGGGUCAGCAAGGCCAGCGCCCUGGUGGCAGACGUGCAGGAGCUGUCCAGCAAUCUCAGCAGCCUGUUCCAAUGAUGCAACAACAGAUGGUACCUAGAGGGCGUGUCUAUCGCUAUCCUCCAGGAAGAGGUUUGCCUGAUGUUCCUAUGCCUGGUGUCGCUGGAGGCAUGUUUUCUGUUCCAUAUGACAUGGGUGGUUUGCCGAUGCGGGACGCGGCGCUCUCUCAACCUAUCCCAAUAGGUGCUCUGGCUUCUGCUCUAGCAAAUGCUACUCCAGACCAGCAGAGAACAAUGCUGGGGGAGAAUCUUUACCCACUUGUGGAACAGUUGGAGCCCGACAAUGCAGCCAAGGUAACCGGCAUGCUCCUGGAGAUGGACCAGACCGAGGUUUUACAUUUACUCGAGUCGCCAGAGGCUUUGAAGGCCAAAGUAGCUGAGGCUAUGGAGGUCUUGAGGAAUGUGGCAGCAGCAGCUCAGCAGCAGCAAGCUGGCAACGCAGCUGAUCAGCUAGCCUCUCUGUCGCUGACCGACAACCUCGUAUCGUGAGUUGGUUAAUAUGUUCAUACAGCUCUCUCCCCGAUUCAUGAAAUGGAACCUGUAGUAGUUGUGAGAUACGAUUGACUGUUUAUUUUCGUGGAGGCACGGUACUUGCAUUUGUUUGUACUGGGUUUUUAUCUCCUGAAGAUUGCUGACAUUUUGGAUGUUAGUUUUUUUUUUUUUUUUUUGGCUUUGGUAGCUUUUCUACUUUUAUGGUACUCUUUUUUUCCUUUUUUUCCCCCUAGGGUGAAGGUCUACUUUUUUUGACAUUAAUCUGAGGUAAUGCUACUGUCUUCUGAUAUAUGUUUUGCCUACCCUGAACUCUUCCUUA